AUGCGCUUCAACGUACUCUCUGUUGCUACUGUCGCGGCUGCUUGCCUCUUCUCCGCUGUUCAGGCGCAGGAGUGGAACGCGGUCUUUGUUAACAACGGCGGCUUCCAGUUCCUUGACUCGAACAACGCGAAGAUAGAAACUACAGCCGAUACCAGCGUUGCAGCAGUUGAUGCAAACCACGAUAAAGGCGAACGCUUCCGCUUCCCUACCGGCACUGGAGGAAUCCUCAUCAGCCAGGCACAUGAGGACCACGCAGUCGGAUACGACAGCGGGGCCAAUGAGUUCCAUGCCGACUUUGCUCAGGACCAUUUCGAUGCUCUCGUCACCGUCAGUCUUAACGGUAACCAAGCUUCCUUCUGCAAUGGCGACCACUGCAUUGGCGCUGGCGGACAGCCGACCUCCGAGAAGUUCAUGUGGACCCUCCAGGGCAUCUCUGCUGCUUAA